AUGUCCUCUCUACGCACUGCCAGCCCCAGGCUGAGGAAAUACUUCAAGGAAAACUACAUUCCUCAGAUCUGCGAGGCACUGUUAUGUGGUCUACUUGUUACAUGUCCUGAGGAUCCACUGAGAUAUUUAGAGAGAAUGAUCAUGGCUAUCAUUGAAAAUGGUCUUGAAAGUCUUCAUUGGGAUAUGUGCAUUGAUCCAUUGAUGAAACAAAAUGUUCGAAUAUUAUCUGAAACUUGCCUGGAACAACUUUUUGGACUGGAUGAUCAGCUGACGACUCCAGAAUUGAUGAUAAAAGCAUGCACCUUUUAUACUGGACAUUUAGUAAAGACCUAUUUUGGGACUUGGAAAGAAAUAACAAUGCCUCAUAUAAAUGUAGAGGAUACCCUAGCUGAAAAGAUGGAAAAAGCAAUGAUUUAUUGUGAUUCUAAACUUAAAAAAUUUUUAUUUCAUCAAUGGUACUCUUAUACAAAAAAUCAAAAAGCAAAAUUUCAAGGUGCAAUAUUACGGAUACAAAAGAUCUUCCAAGAUCACAGGCAAAGGAAUUUCAUUGCAAAAUGGCGGGCUAUUGUAAGAAUUAGAAAUAAAAUCAGAGAAGAGGAGUUGAUAUCAAAACAUGAAUCUGAGCUGAAAAACUGGAAAAAAAGGUUAAAAAUGAAAUCUUCUGAAGAAUUUGCUUCUCUUGAACCAAGUUUCUCUGAAGCUGUUUUCAAGAGUAAGUCUAUGGAAUUUGAUAUUUCACAGUUACCCGAAAAUGCAGUAUUACAGAUUUUCUCAUACCUUGGUUUAAGAGAUAUGAUAAUAUGUGGUCAAGUAAAUCACUCCUGGAUGGUGAUGAUACAGAUAACUAAAUUGUGGAAUGCUAUUAACUUUUCCACGGUGAAGAAUACAGUUACAGAUAAAUAUGUAGUGUCUACUUUGCAAAAGUGGCGUCUAAAUGUGCUGUGUUUGAAUUUUCGUGGUUGUCUUCUCCGACCCAAAACUUUGAAAUAUGUCAGCCACUGUAGAAACUUGCAAGAGUUGAAUGUCUCUGACUGUUCAACACUCACCGAUGAAGCAAUGAGACACAUUUCCGAAGGCUGUCAUGGGGUCCUGUAUCUUAAUCUAUCUAACACAAGUAUCACUAAUAAGACGAUGAGACUCCUGCCAAAACACUUCCACAACUUACAGAAUCUUAGUUUGGCUUAUUGCCGAAAGUUCACGGACAAAGGUUUACAGUACCUGAAUUUAGGGAAUGGAUGCCACAAGCUCAUCUAUCUGGACCUUUCCGGCUGCACCCAGAUUUCAGUCCAAGGCUUCAGGAACAUUGCAAACAGCUGCUCUAAAGUUAUGCAUCUGACCAUCAAUGAUAUGCCAACUCUGACGGACAACUGUGUAAAAGCUUUAGUUGAGAAGUGCCAAAGUAUUACAUCAGUGGUUUUCAUUGGUUCACCACAUAUCUCUGACUGUGCUUUCAAAGCUCUUUCUACUUGUGACCUCAGAAAGAUCCGAUUUGAAGGAAAUAAAAGGAUUACCGAUGCAUGUUUCAAAUUUAUAGACAAGAAUUAUCCAAAUAUCAAUCACAUUUACAUGGUGGACUGUAAGGGACUAACUGAUGGCAGCCUCAAGUCGCUUUCGCCUUUGAAGCAACUGACUGUGUUGAAUUUAGCAAACUGUGUAAGGAUCGGUGAUGUGGGACUAAGGCAAUUUCUUGAUGGCCCUUCAAGCAUAAGGAUAAGAGAGCUCAAUUUAAGUAACUGUAUGCAACUGGGUGAUGCCUCUAUUGUGAAACUAUCAGAGCGUUGCCGUAAUUUAAACUACUUGAGUUUACGAAAUUGUGAACAGUUGACUGACCAAGGAAUUGAAUACAUUGUAAACAUCUUUUCCUUGGUAUCUUUAGAUCUUUCUGGAACAGUCAUCUCUAAUGAGGGUUUGAUAAUGCUUUCCAGACAUAAGAAACUUAAGGAACUUUCUUUAUCUGAGUGUUAUAAAAUCACGGAUCUUGGAAUUCAGGCAUUCUGCAAAAACUCUGUGCUCUUGGAACACUUGGAUGUCUCUUAUUGUCUCCAGCUGUCAGAUGAUAUUAUUAAGACAAUAGCCAUUUACUGUGUUUGCCUCACAUCUCUCAGCAUUGCUGGCUGUCCACAGAUUACUGACUUGGCAAUAGAGAUGUUAUCAGCAAAAUGCCGUUACCUGCAUAUUUUGGAUAUCUCUGGUUGUAUCCGACUUACUGACCAAAUCCUUGAGGACCUUAAGGUAGGCUGCAAACAACUCCGGAUCCUUAAGAUGCAAUACUGCAGACACAUUUCCAUGGAGGCAGCUCACAAAAUGUCAUCUGUAGUCCAGCAUCAGGAAUACAGCUGCAGUGAUCCUCCAAGUUGGUUUGGCUAUGACGGUGGUGGCAAUCCUCUUAAUGUUCAAUAUACAAAACCAUUUAAAGGUGUCCCAGAGGUGACAGUGAAAGACUCAGAGUACAGUAGUACUGAAGAGGAAGUAUGA